CACCACCGGGAUCACCACCACCGGGAGGAGGAGGAGGAGGAGGAGGAGGAGGAGGAGACGCGCAUCCUCAAGGUUUGCUUCUACAGCAACAGCUGCAACCUGGGCAAGAACUUCAAGCUGGUCAAGUGCUCCGUGGCCACCGAGAUUCGGGAGGUGAUCCGCUCCAUCCUGCAGAGCGGGCGCAUCGGGCCGGACGUGCGUCUGUGCGAGUGCUACGGGCUGCGCCUCAAGCACGUCAAGUCCAGCGAGCUGCACUGGCUGCACCCGCUGCUCACCGUGGGCCAGGCGCAGCGCAAGUACGAGAGCCUGCACCUGGAGGCCGAGUGGAGGUACGACCUGCAGAUCCGGUACCUGCCCGAGGAUUUCCUGGAGAGCCUCAAGGAGGACCGGACCACGCUGCUCUACUUCUACCAGCAGCUCCGCAGCGAGUACAUGCAGAGCUACGCCAGCAAGGUCAGCGAGGGCAUGGCGCUGCAGCUGGGCUGCCUCGAGCUCCGGAGGUUCUACAAGGACAUGCCCCAGAACGCGCUGGACAAGAAAUCCAACUUCGAGUUCCUGGAGAAGGAGGUGGGGCUGGACCUGUUCUUCCCCAGCCAGAUGCUGGAGAACCUCAAGCCGCGGCAGCUGCGGAAGAUGAUCCAGCAGACGUUCCAGCAGUACGCGCUGCUGCGGGAGGAGGAGUGCAUCCUGAAAUUCCUGCACACCCUGAGCACCUUCGCCCCCAUCGAUCAGGAAAGCUUCCGAUGCCAGCUCGUCCAAGGAUGGAACAUCACCGUGGACCUGGUGAUCGGCCCUAAGGGCAUCCGCCAGGUGACCAGCACGGACACCAAGCCCACCUGCCUGGCAGAAUUCCGGGAUAUCAAAUCCAUCCGGUGCUCCACCACAGAGGAUGGACAGGCUCUGCUGCAGCUGGGGCUGGGCGGGACCCCCCAGUCGCUGUCGAUCCGGACGUCGUCGCUGGCCGAGGCGGAGAACAUGGCCGACCUCAUCGACGGUUACUGCCGGCUCCAGGGGGGCACGGAGACAUCGCUGAUCGCCUUCCCCAGGAAAGACCGCGAGAAGAGGAUCAGCCUCCCGCAGAUCCCGGCCCCGAAUCUCGGCGAGAGGUUCUCCACGCUGUCCCACAGCGUCAGCGGCGAUUCCGAAAUUUAUGCGGAAAUCCUGGACGAGUCCUCGAGGCCGAGAUCUGGAAUCCAGCACUUUGGGAUCAGCCGCGACGCCGUGACGCUGGGACGCAUCCUGGGCGAAGGGUUCUUCGGAGAGGUCUACGAGGGCACCUACACCACGCCGAAGGGGGAGAAGAUCGAGGUGGCCGUCAAGACCUGCAAGAAGGACUGCAGCCCCGAGAACCGCGAGAAGUUCCUCAGCGAAGCCGUGCUGAUGAAGAAGCUGGACCACCCGCACAUCGUGAAGCUCAUCGGCAUCGCCGAGGACGAGCCCACCUGGAUCGUCAUGGAGCUCUAUCCCUACGGAGAGCUGGGUCAGUACCUGGAGCAGAACCGGGCGGGCCUGGCCGUGCCCACGCUGGUGCUGUUCGCGCUGCAGGUCAGCAAGGCCCUGGCCUACCUGGAGGCCGUCAACUGUGUCCAUAGGGACAUCGCCGUCCGGAACAUCCUGGUGGCCUCCCCGGAGUGCGUCAAGCUCGGCGACUUCGGCCUCUCGCGCUACAUCGAGGAUGAGGAGUACUACAAAGCUUCCAUCUCCCGCCUCCCCAUCAAGUGGAUGGCGCCGGAGUCCAUCAACUUCCGGCGCUUCACCACGGCCAGCGACGUCUGGAUGUUCGCCGUGUGCAUGUGGGAGAUCCUGAGCUUCGGGAAGCAGCCGUUCUUCUGGCUGGAGAACAAGGACGUGAUCGGCGUGCUGGAGAAGGGCGACCGGCUGCCCAAGCCCGACCCGUGCCCGCCCGUGCUCUACACGCUCAUGACGCGCUGCUGGGACUACGACCCCGCCGAGCGGCCCCGCUUCCAGGAGCUCGUCUGCAGCCUCAGCGACAUUUACCUGAUGGAGAAGGAGCUGGCCAAGGAGCAGGAGAGGCGCGGCCGCCACCGCCCCCCCAGAAUCCUGGAGCCGCCGGCGUUCCGGGAGCCGCCGCCCAAGCCCAGCAGGCCCAUGUACAAGCCGCCGUCCCAGAAUAACCUGCUGGCGCCCAAGCUGCAAUUCCAGUCCAUCUGUGCGUCCAUCCAUGUGUCCGUCUGUGCAUCUGUCUGUGUGUCCAUCUGUGUGUCCAUCCGCAUGUCCGUCCCUGUGUCCGUCAGCGUGUCCGUCCGCAUGUCUGUCCAUGCAUCCAUCCAUGUCUCCAUCCAUGCAUCCGUCCAUGCAUCCAUCCAUGCAUCCAUCCAUGUGUCCGUCGGUGCGUCCAUCCGUGUGUCCAUCCAUGUGUCCAUCCGUGUGUCCAUCCAUGUGUCCAUCCGUGUGUCCAUCCGCGUGUCCGUCUGUGUGUCCACAU